AUGAUAUUAUUCAGGCAGACAGAAGACGAGUUUAUUAAGGCGCUUACGUGUAUCAGAGUGGAAGCGCAGAACGAGAUGAACGACGCGUUCAUGCAGAAGGUUUGCAGAAAGGUAGAUCAUCCUAAUAACGCUGCUCCUGUGAACCUGUAUGCCACCAGGUAUACAGCUACAGAUAUACAACCCAAAAGCUCCAGUAAGUCAUCCGGGCUUCUUGAAAACUGUCCAACACCUAGAGAGCUUCAUCUUAAGAAGGGCUCUCAUGUCAUGCUCGUACGCAAUAAUACGCCAUCGCUUGUCAACAGAACAACUAGGGUAGUAGUAAGUUUUGCAUCGCCGUCGAAAAAUCAGGACACUGCUAGAGCACUUAGUGUCGUAAAGCCUCCUGUGCCCAUUGUCAGAUUUUCCAUCGAUAACGGAAGGCUGCACACUAUUCUAGUUCAGGCUGAGACUUAG